GCAACAGUCGCCCCCGUAACAAUUGCCCGGCCGCCGCCGCCGCCGCCGGGCCGGGCCAGGCCAGAGCGCGUUUGGCCCGCGGCGAGCCCAGCCCGGAGGCUGCGAGUGCCCGAGGGCGGCGUUGGCGGCAGCUCCUCAGGACAUGCGGGAUCGGGAAAGGGAGAGGCCAGGAGGGGGGGAAAAUGAAUGAAAUCAAAGAGAGUCUGCGGAACAUUGAGCAAUCUUACAAAAUCUUCCAGCAGCAGCAGUUCACCUUCAUAGCCGCUCUAGAACACACCCGAGAGAAUGCACACGACAAGAUCAAACCUGUGUCUAGCAUCGGACAGGUACAGACCUACAUGGACCACCACUGCAACAACACAACCGAUAAACGCAUCCUUCUCAUGUUUCUCAACCUCUGCAGUGACCUGAGCAAGCUCUGCCAGAGGCUGGAGACUCUUCAUUCUGGGAACAGCACAACAAACGCCCUGCUGGAGAAAUGCAAAAUGCUGGUGAGCCACAGCAAUGACCUCAGCGCCAUCCGAGCCAAGUACCCCCAUGACGUAGUGAACCACCUCAGUUGCGAUGAAGCCCGGAACCAUUACGGGGGUGUGGUGAGCCUCAUCCCCAUCAUCUUGGACUGCAUGAAGGAGUGGGUGGCCCACAGCGAGAAGCUCCCUCGGAACAUGAUACAGAGCGUGAGUGGCAAGCGUGGCAGUCAGGAGAGGCGGGCAGCCGAGGAGGCCUGCAGGCAGGGCGCUGCAGGAACUGGGCUCACGGUCUCGGGCCAGCCCACUUCCCUCUCGGUGGCUACUCAGACUUCGCUUAGCUUGACAGACACACCCCAGGAGAGUAGGCGGGUUCAGAAAAAGUUGCAGGUGGGCCAGGGGAGGACGAUUGGCAAGCUUCUCGAUGGGCCUUGGAAGCCGCCGGGUAAACACAGCUUUUAAGAGAACAAAUGUUUAAAGCAUGCUCAGCUGACCUUAAAUCACAGUCUCCCUGUCUUCGCUUCAGUUACACCCUUCCCCGAUUGCAGA